AUGCAUUUUCUGGGAUAUUUGCUCAACUCCCAGAAACGCACAGAUCACAGAUCGCCACAACGCACAGAACGCCAGGUGAAGGAGCGCGUGAGUUGGCUCCAAGAAGUCACCACCUUCCUGGGCGCGGAGAUCGAAACCCGGAACAGAUAUUCGGUCCAAGACCGGAUUGGCAAUCAGCUCUUCUAUGCCAUUGAGAGGACGGACUGCUGCCGCCGGCAGUUGCAGAGGACGUGCUUGCAUGAGUGUGCCAGUUGGGAAGUGGAUGUUUUACACACUCCUCCUGGACAGUAUAUGCAGAGCUUCUUGUCGAUGCGGCGGCCGAUGCAGUGUGUGUGCUGCUGCUUGUGCCGACCCACGGCAGAGGCGCCUGGGCCGCAUGACAUCGGCCAGAGAAGUUCAUUCCGGGACCCUUGGCGCUGCUGCAACUACAACUUCCAACUGCGCGAUGCCUACGACAGCGCGGUCUUGGAAGUCCAUGGCGGCUGCUGCCAGCCGGCGGUGUGGUGUUCCCUGCCGUGCGGCCCCUGUUCGGAGCUCCACUUCGACGUGUUGGAUGCACGCACAGGCCACCGAGUGGCCACCAUUCGGAAAGUGGUGCCGGGCAUCGCAUCUGGGAUGAAUCAGGGAAGGGAUCUAUGCUGCAUACCUGAACCCUCCAAAAGUACCCUCGAAAAUGGGACAUGA